AUGAUCUUUGUGAGAAGGAUGCUGCAGCAAGCUCUCAGAGUGUCCGGCCGGAGCGCCUUCCCCCUGGUCAAGUGGAUGGAGAGGUGGGCUGAGGGCGCAUCAGCCGGUCCGGAGGGGACAAAGGCGGUGCGGACUCUGGACGACAUGCCCGGACCGUCGGUCGCCAGCUUCGCAUGGGACUUGUUCGCUAAACGGGGGCUAUCACGGCUGCACGACUUACAGCUGGAAGGCGUGCAGCGGUACGGGCCCAUGUGGAAGGCCAGCUUUGGUCCCAUCCUGACGGUCCAUGUGGCCGAUCCAGCGCUCAUUGAGCAGGUACUGAGGCAGGAGGGCCAGCACCCCAUGCGCUCUGACCUCUCCUCCUGGAAGGACUACAGGAAGCUCAGAGGACAUCACUAUGGACUCUUGACGUCUGAGGGGGAGGAGUGGCAGUCAGUGAGAAGCCUCCUGGGGAAGCACAUGCUGCGGCCGAAGGCAGUCGAGGCUUACGAUAAAACCCUGAACAGCGUGGUCGGUGACCUCAUUGCCAAACUUCGCCUUCGCAGGCGUUCCCAAGGCCUCAUCACCGACAUCGCCAGCGAGUUUUAUCGCUUUGGCCUCGAGGGCAUUUCCUCAGUGUUGUUUGAAUCCAGAAUUGGUUGCCUGGAUGAGGUUGUUCCUGAAGAGACAGAGCGUUUCAUCCAGUCCAUCAACACUAUGUUUGUAAUGACGCUUCUUACCAUGGCCAUGCCAAGUUGGUUGCACCAGCUGUUUCCUAAACCCUGGAACAUCUUCUGCCAGUGCUGGGACUACAUGUUUGACUUUGCGAAAGGUCACAUCGAUCAGCGUUUGACAGCCGAAGCUGACAAGGUCGGCCGUGGAGAAAAGGUGGAGGGUCGUUAUCUCACCUACUUCCUGGCGCAGACCGGGCUGCCCAUGAAGACCGUCUACAGCAACGUCACGGAGCUGCUUCUUGCAGGAGUCGAUACAAUCUCCAGCACUAUGUCCUGGUCAUUGUACGAGCUGUCCCGUCACCCUGAGGUGCAGGUCUUGCUCCGGGACGAGGUGCUGAGUGCACUGGGGGGUCGACGCAUACCGACGGCAGCAGAUGUAGCCCGCAUGCCACUCCUGAAGGCCACAGUCAAAGAAGUGCUCAGGUUGUACCCUGUUAUUCCCGCCAAUGCAAGAGUCAUUACAGAGAGAGACAUCCAGGUUGGAGGCUACCUCAUACCUAAAAAUACUCUCAUUACCCUGUGCCACUUUGCAACAUCUCGGGAUCCAGCAGUGUUUUCCAAUCCGGAUGAAUUCCAGCCCCAUCGAUGGUUGAACAAGGACCAGACUCAUCACCCAUACGCGUCUGUACCCUUUGGGGUGGGAAAGCGUAGCUGCAUAGGUCGGCGUAUCGCUGAGCUGGAGCUCUACCUUGCUCUUGCCAGGAUCCUCAUGGAGUUUGACGUGAAGCCGGACCCAGAAGGGAUUUCCGUGAAACCCAUGACAAGGACGCUUCUAGUCCCUGAAAAUGUCAUUAACCUCCAGUUUAUUGAACGAUGACCCACCUUCCUGGGCCCAUCUGUUACGAGAAUGUAAGUCUCUCCGCAGUGCAAGCAGGAAGGGAGUGUGAGCGUUUGAGUGGACCUUCAGUCUUCCACACAGCAAAGGUCAAAGCCCUCCAUACCUGUCACCUAGUUUGUGGAGGUCCCAAUGCGGAGAAGGACUAAUGAAUGAAAGGAUGAGCAGUGACAGCUCAUCACCGCUUCCAGUGCAGCGCCUCCACUGGCAGCGGUGUAACUCCAAAUUUGAUACUGCAGGUUUUUAAUAUAAAAUCACCAUCAAGCACUAAUUUGCACAGAGGCCAAGAGCAAGCCAGCGAUCUCCUUCAGUACGUUUCAGCAGGCAAUCUUCAGACUUUCGUUUCAUCCUUAAAGUCAGACCAUGUUGCAUUUCGUUGCGUCUCAAUCUGGUUAAUCUAAAUCCGAUUAUGAGCUGUGAUCUUCUGCACUCGUAACUAAACACUGUUCAGCAGCAUAAGCAAUUUUCUGUUUGUCCUGGUCGUGCAAAUAUUUCAUUUUUCAUUCCUGUAUAUGUUAUUCCUUUUAGUAUAAGAGGCACAUUACACGUCUUUCUAAAUCAGUGUGCCAUAAAAUAUCCAAGAGUAUUAGGAGACUCUCAUACUGGCACGUGGACACACUGUUUCUAAUAUUUUAAGAUCUUAUUGAACUACUGUGAGAGUUUUGUGUAGAUAUGAUGUUCAAUAUUUUGAUCAAAGUGAAUUUUAUACGGUGCUAAUGGUGAAAAACAUUUAGUGAUGUGUUUCUUUAAAAAAAAAAGGCAGCUGUUGAAAUUAUUCCUGUGUAGGAAUGCAUUUAAAAUCCCAAACGUAGGCUCUGUGAAUUUGUCUGUAUUGUCUUUAAAAUGUAAAUGUAUGCCACAAUUGAACAGUGCAGCACAAUGCAAGUUAUUGGUUGUUAAUUUUUUUUUUUACAUACAACCCUAUUAUGAGUGAUAUACCACCAUUUUGUAAAAGUAUUAAGCUUCUGUAUCUGAACUCUGUAUUUAUUAUAAUUUAAUGUAUUUUUAAACUGUUACUGUAAGUUUCAUUAAAAGG